AUGCUGAGAGCUAUUUCAUCCGCCUCCGCACGUCAAACAGUGAGCAGGUUGGCCCAAAGGUCGAAAGCCGCCUCCGCUGUCAACAAGAGUCUUGUCGGUUUAUCACAACACAACAGAUUUUAUGCUAGUGGUGCUGAUCAAUUCAUGGCAACCUCCAAUGCUAAUUAUAUCGAGGAGAUGUAUGAAGCAUGGCAAAAAGACCCAUCAUCUGUUCAUGUAUCAUGGAAUGCGUAUUUCAAAAACAUGGGUAACCUAAAUAUACCCUCUUCUCAAGCAUUUCAGGCGCCACCUACUUUAACAGGAGGCGCUCAAGGGGCUGAAAACAUUCCAAUUGAUAGUAAUUUUGCCUCUGCUGCUAACAUCGAUCAAAACGUUUUACUGCAUUUGAAAGUACAACUAUUGUGUAGGGCUUACCAAGUAAGAGGUCAUUUGAAAGCUCACAUCGAUCCAUUACAGAUUUCUUACGGUGAUGAUAAGUCUAAGGGUGUCCCAAGAGAAUUAACUUUGGAAUUUUACGGCUUCUCUGAGCGUGACUUGGACAGAGAAAUUACUUUGGGUCCAGGUAUCUUGCCACGUUUUGCAAGAGAUGGUAAAACGAAGAUGACUUUAAGAGAAAUUAUUAGCAGUAUGGAAAAAUUGUACUGUACUUCUUAUGGUGUUGAAUACACUCACAUUCCUUCGAAAAGUAAGUGUGAAUGGUUAAGAGAGAGAAUUGAGAUUCCAUCUCCAUACCAAUAUAGCAUUGAUGAAAAAAGACAAAUUCUAGAUAGGUUGACAUGGUCUACUUCCUUUGAAAGCUUUUUGUCAACUAAAUUCCCAAACGAGAAGAGAUUUGGUCUAGAAGGUUUAGAAGCUGUUGUUCCUGGUAUUAAGACUUUGGUUGACCGUUGUGUGGAUAUGGGUGUGGAAGAUGUCGUUUUGGGUAUGGCUCACCGUGGUAGAUUAAACGUUUUGUCAAACGUUGUUCGUAAACCAAAUGAAUCCAUCUUCUCAGAAUUCAAGGGUACUACUACCCAAGAUGGCGUGGAUGGCCCAGGUGACGUUAAGUACCAUUUGGGUAUGAACUACAAGAGACCAACAACUUCUGGUAAAUAUGUUAACUUGUCUCUUGUGGCUAAUCCAUCCCAUUUAGAAUCUCAAGACCCAGUCGUGCUUGGUAGAACUAGAUCCUUAUUGGCGCUAAGAAACAAUUUAGAUGAGCAGACCAAGUCCAUUGGUGUUCUAUUGCACGGUGAUGCUGCAUUUGCUGGUCAAGGUGUUGUUUACGAAACUAUGGGUUUCCAGAACUUACCUGAAUAUUCUACCGGUGGUACUAUUCACGUCAUUACCAAUAACCAAAUCGGUUUCACUACAGAUCCUAGACAUGCUAGAUCUACUCCUUAUCCAUCUGAUUUGGCUAAGGCUUUCGAUGCCCCCAUCUUCCAUGUGAAUGCUAACGACGUGGAGGCAGUUACUUUCAUCUUUAACUUGGCCGCAGAAUGGAGACAAACUUUCCACACCGAUGCUGUUAUUGACAUUGUUGGUUGGAGAAAGCAUGGUCACAACGAAACUGACCAACCAUCCUUUACCCAACCAAUGAUGUACCAAAAGAUUGCUAAGCAAAAAUCUGUCUUUGACGUUUACGCUGAAAAAUUGAUGGUGGAAGGUUCUUUCACAAAGGCCGACAUCGAGAAGCACAGACAAUGGGUCUGGAGUCUAUUUGAAGAAUCUUUCGAGAAGGCUAAGGGAUACGUACCAAACCCAAGAGAAUGGUUAACCGCUCCAUGGGAAAACUUGAAAUCACCAAAGGAAAUGGCUACUGAAAUUUUGCCACAUGAACCAACGAAGGUUGAUUUGGAUACCUUGAAGAAAGUUGGUUUAGCUGUCUCUUCAUGGCCCGAAGGUUUUGAAGUUCACAGAAACUUGAGAAGAAUCUUGACCAACAGAGCGAAAUCCAUUGAAUCUGGUGAAGGUAUCGAUUGGUCUACCGCUGAAGCUAUGGCCUUUGGUACUUUAGCUUUGGAAGGCUACAACGUUAGAGUCUCUGGUGAAGAUGUGGAAAGAGGUACUUUCUCUCAGCGUCAUUCUGUCUUGCACGACCAAAAGAGUGAGAGAGUCUUUGUCCCAUUGAAGAACUUGUCUGAGAAGCAAGGUGAUUUCACCAUCAGUAACUCUUCAUUAUCAGAAUACGGUGUCAUGGGUUUCGAAUACGGUUACUCCUUGACCGAUCCUGACAACUUGGUUAUGUGGGAAGCUCAAUUCGGUGAUUUCGCCAAUACCGCCCAGGUCAUCAUCGACCAAUUCAUCGCUGGUGGUGAACAGAAGUGGAAACAACGUUCCGGUAUCGUUCUUUCUUUGCCACAUGGUUAUGAUGGUCAAGGUCCAGAGCACUCUUCUGGUAGAUUGGAAAGAUACCUACAGUUGGCCAAUGAAGAUUCAAGAUUUUUCCCAUCCGAAGAAGGUCUACAAAGACAACAUCAGGACUGUAAUUUCCAAGUUGUUUACCCAACUACUCCAGCCAACUUGUUCCACAUCUUAAGAAGACAACAACACCGUCAAUUCAGAAAACCAUUAGCCCUAUUCUUCUCUAAACAAUUGUUAAGACACCCAUUAGCAAGAUCUAGAAUGGAAGAAUUUUCCGAUGGUGAAUUCCAAUGGAUCAUCGAAGAUGUUGAAUUGGGUAAAUCUAUUGCUCCAAAGGAAGAAAUUAAGAGAAUUGUCUUAUUGACUGGUCAAGUUUAUACCGCUCUAUUCAAGAAACGUGAAUCCCUAGGCGACAAGAACACUGCAUUCAUAAAGAUCGAACAACCACAUCCAUUCCCAUUUGCUCAGUUGCGUGAUGCCAUUGACUCUUAUCCUAACUUAGAGGACAUUGUAUGGUGUCAAGAAGAGCCAUUGAACAUGGGUUCUUGGUCCUAUGUAUCUCAAAGAUUCCCAACCGUUCUAAAGGAGACCCAAAACUACAAGAACUCUCAAGUGAGAUACUGUGGUAGAGACCCAAGUGGUACCGUUGCUGCAGGUAAUAAGCCCGCUCAUACUGCUGAAGAAGAAGAUUUCCUAAAUGAUGUAUUUGGCCUGAAGAACUGA